AUGGCGGAAAGUAAUCUUCCAACAACGGGGGAAGAACUGGACUUGAACAAUGAGCCUCCAGUCACAGCGAUAAAGGAAAGUCAAAUUACGUCGAGCGAUUCAGAACUGGGAAUAUACGAUGACCCCUCAAGAGGGAUAGCGAAAGUAUGUCUCGAGGAAGGCAACAAAGAAUACAGACAAGGAGAAGCUAAUAACGCGAUAAACUCCUACACGGAAGGACUUCAAGUGAACUGCAAAGAUGAACGGCUUAACGCCAAGCUUUAUAGCAAUAGGGCAACAGCUCAUUUCCGUUUGGGAAACUACUCGCAGUGUCUCGAUGACGCAACGGUUGCUGUUCAAUUGGAACCCACUUUAAUUAAAGCCAUUAAGAAAGGAGGAAGAGCUUGUGUCGAACUUCGCUUGUAUGAAGAAGCAAGGAGCUGGUUGCAAAAGGGAUUGGCCGUAUCCUUUGACGAGAAUUUCAUGCGAGAUAAGAGAUGCAAUGCGGGAAAUAUUUCAAAGAAAAUCAAUACCUUCCGAUCAGAUUCAUCUAGACAAAAAAUUGCUAAAGAAGUGGGGGACAAAGCGGGAGAGGGACAAUGUUAUGGCAAUCUCAGCAACGCUUAUCAUGGUCUAGGACAGUUCCAAACAGCAAUCGAGUACCAUCAACAUCAUCUAGAAAUUGCUAAAGAAGAGGGAGACAAAGCGGGAGAGGGACGAAGUUAUGGCAAUCUCGGUUACGCUUAUCAUGGUCUAGGACAGUUCCAAACAGCAAUCGAGUACCAUCAACGUCAUCUAGAAAUUGCUAAAGAAGUGGGAGACAAAGCGGGAGAGGGACGAAGUUAUGGCAGUCUCGGCAACGCUUACCAUCGUCUAGGACAGAUCCAAACAGCAAUCGAGUACCAUCAACGUGAUCUAGAAAUUGCUAAAGAAGUGGGAGACAAAGCGGGAGAGGGACGAAGUUAUGGCAAUCUCGGCAACGCUUAUCAUGGUCUAGGACAGUUCCAAACAGCAAUCGAGUACCAUCAACGUCAUCUAGAAAUUGCUAAAGAAGUGGGAGACAAAGCGGGAGAGGGACGAAGUUAUGGCAAUCUCGGCAACGCUUAUCAUGGUCUAGGACAGUUCCAAACAGCAAUCGAGUACCAUCAACGUCAUCUAGAAAUUGCUAAAGAAGUGGGAGACAAAGCGGGAGAGGGACGAAGUUAUGGCAAUCUCGGCAACGCUUAUCAUGGUCUAGGACAGUUCCAAACAGCAAUCGAGUACCAUCAACGUCAUCUAGAAAUUGCUAAAGAAGUGGGAGACAAAGCGGGAGAGGGACGAAGUUAUGGCAAUCUCGGCAACGCUUAUCAUGGUCUAGGACAGUUCCAAACAGCAAUCGAGUACCAUCAACGUCAUCUAGAAAUUGCUAAAGAAGUGGGAGACAAAGCGGGAGAGGGACGAAGUUAUGGCAAUCUCGGCAACGCUUAUCAUGGUCUAGGACAGUUCCAAACAGCAAUCGAGUACCAUCAACGUCAUCUAGAAAUUGCUAAAGAAGUGGGAGACAAAGCGGGAGAGGGACGAAGUUAUGGCAAUCUCGGCAACGCUUAUCAUGGUCUAGGACAGUUCCAAACAGCAAUCGAGUACCAUCAACGUCAUCUAGAAAUUGCUAAAGAAGUGGGAGACAAAGCGGGAGAGGGACGAAGUUAUGGCAAUCUCGGCAACGCUUAUGAUGGUCUAGGACAGUUCCAAACAGCAAUCGAGUACCAUCAACGUCAUCUAGAAAUUGCUAAAGAAGUGGGAGACAAAGCGGGAGAGGGACGAAGUUAUGGCAAUCUCGGCAACGCUUAUCAUGGUCUAGGACAGUUCCAAACAGCAAUCGAGUACCAUCAACGUCAUCUAGAAAUUGCUAAAGAAGUGGGAGACAAAGCGGGAGAGGGACGAAGUUAUGGCAAUCUCGGCAACGCUUAUGAUGGUCUAGGACAGUUCCAAACAGCAAUCGAGUACCAUCAACGUCAUCUAGAAAUUGCUAAAGAAGUGGGAGACAAAGCGGGAGAGGGACGAAGUUAUGGCAAUCUCGGCAACGCUUAUCAUGGUCUAGGACAGUUCCAAACAGCAAUCGAGUACCAUCAACGUCAUUUAGAAAUUGCUAAAGAAGUGGGAGACAAAGCGGGAGAGGGACGAAGUUAUGGCAAUCUCGGCAACGCUUAUGAUGGUCUAGGACAGUUCCAAACAGCAAUCGAGUACCAUCAACGUCAUCUAGAAAUUGCUAAAGAAGUGGGAGACAAAGCGGGAGAGGGACGAAGUUAUGGCAAUCUCGGCAACGCUUAUCAUGGUCUAGGACAGUUCCAAACAGCAAUCGAGUACCAUCAACGUUAUUUAGAAAUUGCUAAAGAAGUGGGAGACAAAGCGGGAGAGGGACGAAGUUAUGGCAAUCUCGGUAACGCUUAUGUUGGUCUAGGACAGUUCCAAACAGCAAUCGAGUACCAUCAACGUCAUCUAGAAAUUGCUAAAGAAGUGGGAGACAAAGCGGGAGAGGGACGAAGUUAUGGCAAUCUCGGCAACGCUUAUCAUGGUCUAGGACAGUUCCAAACAGCAAUCGAGUACCAUCAACGUCAUCUAGAAAUUGCUAAAGAAGUUGGAGACAAAGCGGGAGAGGGACGAAGGUAUGGCAGUCUCGGCAACGCUUAUCAUGGUCUAGGACAGUUCCAAACAGCAAUCGAGUACCAUCAACGUCAUCUAGAAAUUGCUAAAGAAGUGGGAGACAAAGCGGGAGAGGGACAAAGUUAUGGCAAUCUCGGCAACGCUUAUGUUGGUCUAGGACAUUUCGAGUGCCAAGGAGAUCCCAUGAGGGCCUUCAUCUACUUUAACUCGAGUGUAGAGGUGUAUGAUGACAUCACGGCCAGUCUUCAACUCAACGAUCAGUGGAAGAUUUCUUAUCGUAAUCAGCACCAAAGUGCAUACAAAGGUUUGUGGCGUACAAGUCUCAUUCAAGAUAGAGUUGUGAACGCUGUUCUUGCCGCAGAAAAAGGACGUGCUCAAGCUCUAAGAGAUCUUAUGGACACAAGAUAUCGGCCUGAUUAUACUUUAAGGAACAGCGGUUCGUGCCUUUCCCUGAGUUCUGUUCCAUCAAAUACAGUUUUCAUGGCUCUCAAUGGACCGUGCGUUCACUUCUGGGUUUUUCUCUCUGAAGAUAAUAUUCAGAUGAGAAAAUUACAUGUGAACAAUUAUAAAUAUGAGGAUGAAUUGGAAUUUUUCAUCCAGUUACAGAACAAAACUGCCCUUAAGGAGAUUGGCAGAAGAGAUGCUGUUUCAUGCGAAAAUCCUUCACCUGGCUCGCCAAAAGAGGAGGAAGUUGCCAACGAUGUGAUCCGAGUUGAUGUGAGGUGCUCACAAUCAAGGGCUCUACAGAAGCUUCAUGACAUCAUCGUUACCCCUAUUGCUGAUCUGAUCAAAGGCAACGAGAUAACUUUUGUUCCUGAGGGGCCACUUUGCCUUGUACCUUAUGCAGCAUUGGAGGACUCGAAGUCAUCAUAUCUUAGUGAUUCUUUCAGUAUUCGUGUGCUUCCGUCUCUGACGACGUUGCAACUAAUUCAUGAUUGCCCAGCUGAAUUCCACAUGAAAAGUGGUGCAUUACUUGUUGGCGACCCAUGUUUCAAACAUAUUAUCUAUCAGGGAGGACUUUUGGUGCAACUUCCGGGAGCAAGGAAAGAAGUGGAGAUGAUCGGACGCAUCCUCAAACAUUCCCCUCUCAUUGGAGAAAUGGCAACAAAAGAAAAGGUGUUAAAACGAAUGUCAUCAGUGGCGUUGGUUCACAUUGCAGCGCACAGUAAAAUGGAAACUGGAGAAGUCAUCUUGGCACCAAACACUACAAGGAAAAACUCUCAGCCAGAAGAGGAAGACUAUCUAAUGACUAUGAAAGAUGUCCUAGAAGCUGGGCUGCGGGCUCGACUGGUUGUACUAAGUUGCUGUUACACCGCUCGUGGGGAGGUUAUGGCCGAGGGUGUGGUCGGCAUCGCGCGAGCAUUUUUGGGUGCCGGUGCUAGAUCUGUUGUGGUAACCUUAUGGGCGAUUGAUGACGAGGGAACCCUGGAGUUCAUGAGUUUCUUCUACGAUGCACUUUCUAAAGGCAAGAAGGCAAGUGAAGCUCUCCAGCAGGCCAUGAAGUGUAUGAAAGAAAGUGAAAUGUUCAAGGAGGUGCAGUACUGGGCACCAUUUGUACUCAUUGGUGAUGACGUCAGCCUGGAUUUCAAGGAAAUUCAGACUUCGAACAAUCUGAGGCAGUGAGCAUUGGAACUGUAUCAGGUCAAGGACCAAGCCCGCGGAAGUCAACGGUGAUAUUUGGACC